UACAAAGGUGAUUGUGUCGUGCGAGUUUUUCGUGAAUUUCUCUGAAAAUUUGGUCGUAAAAAUCGUGGAAAUGUAAAAAACGGAAAAACUACUGCACGUACAAACAGUUCAAGCGGAAAUUUUACGUUAAUUCUACGUAAAAAUCGGAGAGGAAAAUCAUUUUUCCUUGUUACUCACACAGACACUGAAAACACAUACACACGCAACAAAGAAACGAAUCCACCAUUUUUUAGCUACGUUUAACGAAAAUUAAAAGCGAAUUUUCGCCCCUUAAAACUCCCGUAAAAGUCCCGUGAAAAGUGGCGAAACGAUGUACAUAACGUGAUGCGCAAGUGAUUUAGUGAAUAAAGUACGGAAAAGCGCUUUGGAUUUAAUUCGAAUAAAAACAGGUGUAACAAUUGGAUUGGUGUGCAAGACACAUUACAAAAAUUGAUUGAAAAGAAAAAAUAUAAAAAAUUUGUUCAAAAAUGCAUUUUCUGUAGUCGCGUUCGAACAAAGAGUAGAAGUUUAGUUGAAAUUUUGAGUUUAAAGUACUAAAAAAAAGUUGGAAAAAAGCGAAAAACGCAAAAAUUGUGAAAUAAAAAAACGAGUAAAGUGCUAAAAUGGAGUUGCGAGUAGGAAACAAGUAUCGUUUAGGGCGAAAAAUCGGUUCGGGAUCGUUCGGCGACAUUUAUCUGGGCACGACAAUUUCGACGGGCGAAGAGGUAGCAAUAAAGUUAGAAUGCAUAAAGACAAAGCACCCACAACUGCACAUCGAGAGCAAAUUUUACAAGAUGAUGCAGGGCGGCAUCGGGAUCCCGACGAUAAAAUGGUGCGGUUCGGAAGGCGAUUACAACGUGAUGGUAAUGGAACUGCUCGGACCCUCGCUCGAAGACUUGUUCAACUUUUGCACGCGUCGCUUCUCGCUGAAAACGGUCUUGCUGUUGGCGGACCAGAUGAUUUCGCGCAUCGACUACAUCCAUUCGCGCAACUUCAUUCAUCGCGACAUCAAGCCAGACAACUUCCUCAUGGGUCUCGGCAAAAAGGGUAAUUUAGUGUACAUCAUUGACUUUGGCUUGGCGAAAAAAUACAAAGAUUCCAAGACGAUGACGCACAUCCCGUACCGAGAAAACAAAAAUCUCACGGGCACGGCGCGCUACGCCUCGAUCAACACGCAUUUGGGCAUCGAACAGUCGCGACGCGACGACCUCGAGUCACUAGGUUACGUUCUCAUGUACUUCAAUCUCGGCACGUUGCCGUGGCAAGGCUUGAAGGCGGCCAACAAACGACAAAAAUACGAACGGAUAAGCGAGAAAAAGCUGUCGACGCCCGUGCACGAGCUGUGCAAGGGCUUUCCCGCGGAAUUCACCACAUACCUUAGCUACUGCCGUCAAUUGGACUUUGUCCAGCGUCCCGACUACUGUUACUUGCGCAAACUCUUCCGUACGCUGUUCCAUCGGCAGGGCUUCACGUACGACUACGUCUUCGACUGGAACAUGCUGAAGUUUGGCGGAUCGCGGAAUGCCAGUAGCACGAGUGGCGGUACUGCGGGAGCUGUGGGCGCUCCCACGGGAAAUAACGUCAUGCCAGGACCAAAUCAGAACAAUGAGCACGAGUCGACGCGCGAUCGACGCAACAACCUCCAAAUGCAGCACAGCACGAACCAGCAACAAGACGAGCCGAUGACGUCGAAUUCACGUGUUUACGACACGCCGGAACGCCGUUCAUCGAUAAGACUUCGCGGGCAAAACAUAGACUCGCGAGCCAUCAAAUAAUAGUUUGUGUAGUGAAAUAUUCUUCUUUGUAUAUCGUAAAGAGUUAGAGAUUAGAGGCAGUUUUUUUUUUCAUCGUAAAACCCCCACU